UCAUAUUAUAAUGGUUUUGUUUUUUUUUGUAUACUUGUUUCUGUAUUAUUAAUAAAUAUCUCUCACCCGUCACAUCGAUAUGGCAUACUCUACCCACGUCCUUUAACCUCGGACCCCCAUUUAUUUCUAGUAUGGCGUAUCAAGUCGUCACCGAGUCGUUGGUCAAUGUCUUCAUCUCCUCCAAUUGCACGUCUUUCACGAGCGAGAAGAAAUUUGCCAAGGAUCUGACCAUCGCGGAUCUGAAAUCCAAAUUGGAACUCAUCACCGGGGCCUCGAGUAUUUCCAUGUCCAUCACCGUAUUUGACAGCAAGGACAACAAAGUCUGUGAUCUUGACGAUAAUGCCGCCCUCUUGGGGUCCUACCACGUGGACACGGGCAUGCGAUUACACGUGGUCGACACGAGCAAAACCCGAGACGAAUUUGAAAAUCUGGCCAAUGUGGAGAAGUUCGAAAUGUCUAAAGAGGAGUACGCCAAACGUGAUGAUACCGUGCAAAGUUUCUUGAAGCGCAAUCGUCUCGGAAAAUACAACGAGGAGGAGCUCAAAAAAAUGGAGGACGAGAAGAGCAAAUUGGAGGCAGAGGAAAAGCAAAUGGCCGAGGCAAUGAAAGUCGACGACCGAUGCGAGGUCAAGGCUCCUGGGGCCAUGACUCGACGAGGGACGGUUCGAUUCGUGGGACAAGUGCAUUUCAAAACUGACGCUUUGGUUCCAGGCUAUUGGGUCGGGGUCCAAUAUGACGAGCCCUUGGGGAAGAACGAUGGGAGUGUAGAUGGGAAACGAUAUUUCAAGUGUCCGGAAAAGUAUGGUGGAUUCGUCAAAGUGGCUUACGUUACGGUGGGGGAUUUCCCCGAAGAAGAUCUGGAUGUCUCCGAGGAUGAAAUGUAAUCUCAAUGCUCCAACCGAUUUGCUUUUACUUAUUCAAAUGUCUAUGACGUAUUGCCUGAUUUUUUUUUUAAACCUUAAAUGCACUCACUCGCUCA